GUUGCUAAUAGGACAUAAUCCUUAGAUUAAAUCCCCGGCUGCUCUUCUAACUUCUACUAGGAUAAGAAAUGCAUCAAGUGGUUUAAUCUCAAACUACCGUUUUUCUGUAAGGCCAUUGUUAUUCCUCUGAUUGCUACUCCCACCUUUUUUCUGUUUUUUUUUUUGAUGUAGCAAUAGUUGCUAAGUGAUGAUGUAGUAAUAAUUUAUUGUGUGGAGCUGGCGACUCUGACGUGUGGAAGCAGAAAAAGAGGACUUGUCCUUGGUGUUCUGCUUGAACCCCACGGCUCUGGAAGCCAUGUUCUCAUUUAACCUUUUCUAUCUGAAUAGAAGGAAAAACAUAGUUUGACCUGCGCUGUGGGAAGGCCGGCCAGCAGCUGGGAUCUGGGCCAAAACAGCAGCAGCUUCAGCUUAAAUAGAAAGCCAUGUUUACUGAGGUACCCCAUGACAUGACUGCCCAGAGAGGCCAGGAUGUGGAGAUGGCCUGUUCCUUCAGAGGAGCAGGAACGCCAUCCUACUCACUGGAGAUCCAGUGGUGGUACAUCAGGAACCACGUGGAGUGGACGGACCAGCAGCCCUGGACAACUAAUGAGGUGUCUCCUGAGGAGGAAACGCUGAAGGAUGCUACAAAGAUCAGUGUUGUGAAGGUCGUGGGCAGCAACAUCUCCCACAAGCUCCGCCUCUCCCGGGUCAAAGCGUCUGACGAAGGCACCUAUGAAUGCCGCGUGAUCGACUUCAGCGACGAGGCCGGCGCCCGCCGCCACCGCGUCAGAGCCUACCUGCAGGUGGUGCCAGAGAGCGCCGCUGCCGCCGGCCCCGAGCGCGACGCCAACUUCGAGGCCGGGGACGACACUAAGGCGGGGGCAGCGUUCGCUGAUGUAGAGCUGCACGGCGGUGGCCAUCAUCAGAACCAUGGGCCCCACCUGGAGCACGGCAAGCGGCCCCAGGCGGUCCCCCAUCACGGCCACAACCACGGCGGGGGCGGGCCGCAACACAACGCCGCUAGGGAGCUUAAGAGGAGCGGCGCGGACAAUAACCACAGUGACUGCUCCAACGAGCCGAGCUGCGCUCUGUAAAGCCAGAGGUCACAGAACCAGAUGUUUGGUCACAGAAAGCAGCUUCCCUCUCACACAGAGCAGGCCUGAAGAAGCCCAGAAUCCAUAGAAACGUCUAAUAUGGCUUGUAAAGAGCGCAGGGGGUGAACUGUGAGGGGGGAGUGGUUUUUAUUUAUGUUGAUGCUGUGCAGAAGUCUAGAUGAACUGGUUCCUGUGUGUAAACUGCCUGUAAAGCAGGGGGGUGGGGGGAGUAGAUCUAGGCAGCUUUACUGUUUCUGAUAUCAGCAUCCACAACUAGAUAACCUACUAAAAAAAGAAAAGACUUUAGUCUGUCUAUUAACCAGUAAAUAAUAUGUUGCUUGUACGCCAGAUCCUGUAAAUGACAUGAUCACACCUUCCACUGCCUUAUUGUCGCUCCAUUCGCCCAGACAAACAGGAAGUGGAAUAUUUUCUCACUGGUUCAAUUCCAAGUGCUUUUAUUCACACAGUCCUCUAAAGUCCAACAUAAAAAACCUGCUGAUUUCUUUCUGGUCUCAGCUUCAGCUCUUGAGUUAUUUUACUGUGUUUGUGUUCAUGGAUGUUGAUGAUGUAGAUGCUGCGCACACUCAAUAGUAAUGAACUAGUAAUGAACUUUCUGUCUGAUCCAGGACAGAUCCUGAAUAGUUCACAGAGAAUGGGGAGAUUUCAAUAAAUAAUAUUAAUAAUAAAACAUUACACAUGGUAUUUUACAGUUCAGAAAGUAGAAAUUUUCCUCCCCACCUUCUGCUGCAGGGCCAAACAAAUUAAACUGUUUCAUGUUUUUUUUAAAGUCAGGAGAGGAUUACACCUUAGACACUAAAUUAAUCAAUUUAAAUAUGCCUCUACUUGUUGACUGUAAAUAUAAAACCAGACUGUGAUCUCACUUUAAUGUAUAACCCUGCAAAAGGUAUCUCUUGAAAUUAUAUUUGUCACAUUGUAACCACAAAUUUCAGUGCAUUUUAUUUUAUUUGGUAUUUUAUAUCAAACACAAAGUGCAAAACAAAUGCUACAUAAAUAAUGUAGCAUUACAUUAUUUUUUGAGGGGGAAAUCUGAAAAGUGUUCAUUUUCAAAGGAAAUGUACUAUACAAAGACAAAAUCUUAUGAAGUAUUUUUAAUCUAGUUUAUAUUAUUUCUUUCAUCUUAUCUGCAGUUUUGCACUACUUUGCGUUGGUUUAUCACAUACAAUUCCUGUAAAACAUGAAGUUUGUGGCUAAAACCAGAAACUGUCUCCUUACUGGGAAACUGUAAGGCUUUUGCACGGCGGCACAGUUUUAUGGGGUAAAUAAUUUCUCUCCCAGCUUGGUUCUCUCACCCAGUGCUCAUUGAUAAUAUUUAAAAAAGCCUCAAUCCUCUACAAGCCACUGUGUACAUAAAACUGUAUAUUACAAAAAACAAGUAAGUGCAUGUUUAGUAAUUUU